AUGGCACUCAUGGCAGCAGUUUCUGUUUGUUGUGUUUUUAAGUAAAACACGUGGUUGCAAAAAUUAUUAAUCAUAAAAUAAAAUAAAUUUUUGAAAAAUUAUUUUUGUAAAUAUUAUAAAUAUAAUUUUCUAAUUAAAAAUAAUAUCUGUACGUUGAUAUAAAAUGGCUAAGACUAAAAAUAAAAAGAAAAGUUUGGCCGAAUCAGCGUCAAAGAAAAAGACUAUGGAUACCAAGAAAAAAGUAAAUCCAUUUGAAGUGCACUUUAAUAAAGAUAAGCAUAAAGUGUUGGGUAAAAAAUCAAAAUCUGAUCGUGGAUUACCUGGCGUUGCGAGAUCGAAAGCUAUAAAUAAACGUAAGCACACCCUACUUCCGGAAUUUACCCAAAAAGACAAACUCAAUUUUUUUAUGGAUCGUCGUAUUGGAGAACACAAUCGCGGAAUGACUCAGGAAGAGAAAUCAAUGGCAAGAUUUGCUGCUGAAAAAAUAAAAUCACACAAACAAGAUAUUUUUAAUUUAAACGAUGAUGAAGUGUUGACUCAUAAAGGUCAAACCUUGGAGGAAAUCGAGAAAUUUGAGGAUCCAAGAAGCGAUGAUGAGUUUGAUGAUGAAGAUGGUAGAAAUGCCAAUGGAUAUUUAGACAAAAAGUUUGUCGCUGAAGCUCAUUUUGGUGGUGGAAUAUUAUCUAAGUCUGAAGGAGCAGCAUCACGAUCAGAUUUACUAAAUCAGUUGAUUUAUGAAUCGAAAAAACGUAAAGCUGAGAAACAAAAAAUAAGCGAACAGAAUCGUUCUAAAACUGAAGAACUGGAUUCGCAGUGGAAAGAUCUGUUGCCAAUAUUGAGUGCCUCCAAGAGGACUGAUGAGUCGGUGGUAAAACCGAAAGCUGAUGAUUUCGACAGGACUGUCCAGGAAUUGAAGUUUGAGAGUCGAGGAAAUCCCUCUGAUCGUUUGAAGAGUGAUGACGAGGUUGCUAAAGAGGAACGAGAAAAAUUGGAAGCUUUGGAGAGAGAUCGUUUGAAACGGAUGCAGGGGUUUGUUGAUGAUGAAACUGUUAGUAAAAAUUAUAAAUCUGUCGAUGAUAAUGAUGACGGGUUUGAAAUUGAAGACGUCACUACUGAUAUGUUAGCUUAUGACGCAAAUGCUCAAAUUAUUGGUAGUUUUUUGAAAUAUGAUGCUGAAGAUAGCAAAAAAGAUGAAGGUGUCGACAAAGAAGUUGGUGGUGAUGAUGAUGAAGAAGAUUCAGAAGUUGAUGCAGAUGCAGAUGAAGAAAAUGAAGAUGAAGAUGAUGAUGAAAAUUCAGAUGAUGAUCUGUCUGAUUUAAAAGCAUCUGAUUCUUCUAGUGAUGAAAACGAAGAAGAGGAAGCAGAUAAAGAUAAAGAGGAGGAAGAUGAUGGUGAUGAUGAUGAUGAUAAAGAUGAAAAAGAAAUUCCAGAGUCUAAAUCAAAAAAAUCUGAAAAGAAAUUGUUAAGUAAAUCCAGUAGUAAAAUGGAAAAAAUCACAAAAUUAAAUGGUGAAGCUAAAGAACAAUCAUCGAAAGAAGUAAAUAAUGAUAUUAGUAAAAAGAAAAUAACAAAUGAAGGCUCAAAACGAGAAGAAAUGAUAGAGAAAGCACGUCAAGAAUUGCCGUACACUUACAAAGCACCUGAAAGCUACGAAGAAUUAAAAGAACUACUGAGAACUCAAAGUCCUGAUCAUCAGUCAAUUAUUUUAGAACGAAUCAUCAAGUGUAAUCACGUCUCACUGGGUGAAGGUAAUCGUGAAAAAUUGGCAAAUGUUUUUCAGUACUCGUUGCAGUAUUUGAUGGAUAUUGCGCGAGUUGAUAAAACAGAAGACGUAGCCCAUUGUUUCCAGAUUUGCGAUAGACUCGUUCCCCAUCUAUAUGAUUUAGCUCAAUUUAACAGUCAAAAUGCUGGCGCAUGCGUCAAAGUUGUUUUGAAAGAGAAGUUUGAAGAAUUUAAACUAAAGCAAAAAAUAUAUCCACGAUUGGAUACACUUAUUUUGUUCAAGUUGAUAUCAUUACUGUUUUCAACUUCUGAUUUUCAUCAUGCUAUCGUGACACCUUGUUUUCUAUUUAUGUCCGAAAUAUUAUCAAGAUGUCGAGUUAAAACGGCAAUGGACAUUUCAAAAGGACUUUUUGUUGUCACUCUUUUAUUAGAGUUUACAUUACUGAGUAAAAGAUUCCUGCCUGCUGCAAUAAAUUUCUUAAGAGGAAUGGUCUUUUUAGCGACGACUAAAUCUCUGAGCAUUCCUAAAAUAUUUUCACCGUUCAAACAAACUGGUGAUUUAUCAAAUUUAUUGGUGUUAGAUCAAAGCCAGAGGCAUUUAAAAUUAAAUAUUAAUAAUGUACGGAUGAAGAUCGGUGAUUUGGCGAUUCAAGAAUUCAAUGAUGAUUUUAGAGUACGUGUUUUUGUAACGGCAAUUAAUUUAAUAAGUGAAUUCAAAAGCCAGUUGGAAGAAAUAGAUAUAGCGUACAUCAUUUUCAAACCUAUUAUUGAAUUAUUUGAAAUAAAAACGAACCCAUGGGAAAAUUAUCCAAAGUCUGUUAGAAAACUUGUUGAAAAUUUAACUGAUGAUUUAAAGUCAUUGGGGAACAAAAAAUUGGAGUAUUUGGUCUUUGAAAAAAAGAGACCGAAGCCGUUUAAAUUUUUGGAACCGCUUGUUUCAUCAGUGUAUGAUGUAAAGAAAUUCAAAGCCAAGUCUUCAAGGGAAGACAAAGCAGAGCUAGAGAAACUAGCGAUGAAAUUGAAGAAAGAAAAGAAGGGAGCUAUAAGAGAAAUCAGAAGAGAUGCUGCAUUCUUAGCUAAAGUCCAAAUUAAACAACAAAUUAAGGGCGACGAAGAGCGUAAGCGUAAAGUUAGGGAAAUUUAUGGCGAUGCUGCUGUACAACAGGGUGAAUUGAAUAAAAUUCAACGAAAAAAAUAAAUUUUUUUAUAUUAUCUAUUUAUUUUUUUGUUAGAAUUUUUCAGUUUCUUUUUUAUUAAUUGUAAAAAUAAAUAAAUCCUUAACAUUAAAUAAAUUUAUAUUACA